GUGAAGCUGUAGUUGAGUGUUAGCAGGCUAACUAGAGAAAGAAAGCUAACUAAUCGUGAGAGUGGAACUGGAGCUAACGCUAAAGGAAAAGACAACUGUCAAAACAGCCAGAGGAGCAGAAAUCUUAGAGAAGUGAUAAUUCCGUUAGGUGACUACAUGAUGUGUAGCUAGUUAAUCAAAGAUCGUGUUUGUCAGAUACCCGAGGAGUAUUUUGGAUACUACAUCGAUUGUCCCAUUUCCAAACGGAAACCAUUUCUGGACAUACAGUUCGUGCUAGGUAGCUAGCUAAGUGAAUCAUCCAGGAGACUUUUCAUUGUCACCUAAAAAACCCAAACUGAAUGUUUUGUCUGUCAUGAGUCCGGCCGGGUGCUCCCAUGUGAACGGUUAUAAGGUGGAUAAUUGGAAACAAAAUCUUCGAGUCAUAUACCAAUGCUUUGUUUGGAGUGGUACUGCUGAAGCCAGGAGACGCAAGGUGCUUCAGAGUGAUGCAGGAUGGACAGAGCUGGCCAAGUCGUGCAUCUGUCACAUGUGUGGUGCCCACCUGAACCGACUCCACUCUUGUCUCUACUGCGUUUUCUUCGGCUGUUUUACGAAGAAACACAUCCACGAGCACGCAAAAAACAAGAGACACAAUCUAGCGAUAGACUUAUUAUACGGUGGAAUAUAUUGUUUUGUGUGUCAAGACUACAUAUACGACAAAGACAUGGAGCAGAUUGCCAGAGAGGAACAGAGGAAAGCCUGGAAAUUGCAAGGCAUAGGGGAGAAAUACACAACAUGGGAGCCGACCAAGAGGGAGCUAGAAUUGUUACGACACAAUCCAAAGCGGAGGAAAAUCACUACAAACUGUACCAUAGGUUUACGAGGGUUAAUAAACCUGGGCAACACGUGUUUCAUGAACUGCAUUGUUCAGGCUCUCACACACACGCCGCUGCUGCGAGACUUCUUUCUCUCCGACAGACACAAGUGCGAGAUGCAAUCAAACUCCUGUCUGGUGUGUGAGAUGUCGCAGCUCUUUCAAGAGUUCUACUCGGGCCACCGUUCACCCCACAUUCCCUUCCGGCUGCUGCACCUGGUGUGGACUCAUGCACGUCACCUUGCAGGAUACGAGCAACAAGACGCCCACGAGUUCCUCAUCGCAGCUCUGGAUGUUCUACACCGGCACUGCAAAGGGGACACCAUCAGAGAUGACAAUGGGAAGAAGGCCAACAAUCCAAACCACUGCAACUGCAUCAUUGACCAAAUCUUCACUGGGGGCCUGCAAUCAGAUGUUACCUGUCAAGUGUGCCACGGGGUUUCCACGACGAUAGAUCCAUUCUGGGACAUCAGCCUGGACCUUCCUGGCUCUUCCACACCUUUCUGGCCCCUCAGCCCUGGAGGCGAUGGCGGCACAGUGAAUGGAGAGAGCCACCUGUCAGGGGCCACCACCCUCACAGACUGCCUGCGCAGGUUUACGCGGCCCGAGCAUCUAGGAAGCAGUGCCAAAAUCAAGUGCGGCGGUUGCCAUAGUUACCAGGAGUCCACCAAACAGCUGACGAUGAAAAAGCUCCCCAUCGUAGCGUGUUUCCAUCUCAAACGGUUUGAGCACUCUGCCAAACUGCGGAGGAAGAUCACUACAUACGUUUCCUUCCCCCUAGAGUUGGACAUGACGCCCUUCAUGGCAUCCAGUAAAGAGAGCAGGAUGAACGGGCAGUAUCAACUGACGGUUGAUGUAUUAAACAACGACAAUAAGUAUUCCUUGUUUGCGGUGGUCAACCACCAAGGCACAUUAGAGAGUGGCCACUACACCAGCUUCAUCCGCCAGCACAAAGACCAGUGGUUCAAAUGUGAUGACGCCAUAAUCACCAAGGCCAGCAUUAAGGAUGUACUCGAUAGUGAAGGGUAUCUCUUAUUCUACCAUAAACAGUUCCUUGAGUACGAGUAGUCUUUGUGAGGACUGACCACGAAGAACCACUGCUUCUAACGAGAGAGUCAAGGGCCUGGGGACAGGAUC